AUGUCCGAUUUCGAUGAGUUUGAGAAGCAGUUAAGCGAAAAUCGGCAAGAGCGGGAGAAGGAGCGACACAAGAAGCGUAGCCGCAGCCGGUCUCUGAGCCGUGGCGAGAAGCACCGCCGCUGGAGCAAGGACUCCAGGGGGCGGAGUCACGAGAAGCGCAGCAGCAGCCGCGACCGCAAGGGUCGUGACCGACGGAGCAGCUCACGCGAGCACAAGAAGCACAGCUACUCUCCUCGGAGAAGCCGUAAGAAAAGGACAUACAAGUACUGGGAUGUUCCCCCUCCGGGAUUCGAGCACAUCACCCCCAUGCAGUACAAGGCAAUGCAAGCUGCAGGGCAGAUCCCCACGAUAGCUUUACUGGCAACAUCCACCACCAGCGGCGUGGCAGUGACGCCCACCCAGGUGCCGAUGGUCGGCAGCCAGAUGACCCGGCAGGCCAGGCGGCUUUAUGUCGGCAACAUCCCCUUCGGCCUGACGGAGGAGGCCAUGGCGGAUUUCUUCAAUACCCAGAUGCGAUUGGCUGGCUUAUGUCAAGGUCCCACCAAUCCCGUCCUCGCUGUUCAGAUAAACCAGGACAAGAACUUUGCCUUCCUUGAAUUUCGGUCCGUGGAUGAGACCACGCAGGCAAUGGCCUUCGACGGCAUCAUUUUCCAGGGUCAGUCGUUAAAAAUCAGGCGGCCCCACGACUAUCGCCCCCUGCCUGGCAUCUCAGAGCAGCCCGCCUUCCACGUACCAGGGGUCGUCUCCACCGUGGUUCCAGACUCGCCACACAAGCUCUUUGUCGGAGGCCUGCCCAACUAUCUCAGUGACGAUCAGGUGAAGGAACUCUUGACGUCGUUCGGACCUCUUAAGGCCUUCAACCUUGUGAAGGACAGUGCCACGUCACUGUCUAAGGGUUAUGCUUUCUGUGAAUACGUGGACAUCAGUGCCACUGACCAGGCCGUGGCUGGACUCAAUGGCAUGCAGCUCGGAGACAAGAAGCUCAUCGUCCAGCGGGCAAGCGUGGGGGCUAAGAAUGCCAACGCUACGGCCAUCAUCGAGACGCCGGUGACGCUGCAGGUUCCAGGGCUGCAGCGGCUGCAGAGCUCCGGCAUGCCCACGGAGGUGCUGUGCCUCCUCAACAUGGUCAUGCCCGAGGAGCUGGUGGACGACGAGGACUACGAGGAGAUCCUGGAGGACAUCCGGGAGGAGUGUUGCAAGUACGGCAACGUGCGCUCCAUCGAGAUUCCGCGGCCCGUCGAUAGCGUGGAGGUGCCUGGCUGUGGC